AUGAUAGUGAUACCGCCAACUAUAUCCAAAGAUCUGCUGAAAUGCAUGAUAAGAUUUAGAAUAAAGGUCUCUCAUCGGCCGCAGACUCAAAGAGAGGUGAAUAAUCUGUUCAAGGUGUAUGCCGGGAUCCUCGAUAAGUUGAAUGAAAAAGCCAAGGUGAACACUUUCGAAAUGGUGCGGUUUAAGGUGAAAUAUGACCAGACAAAAAGUGUCGAGAAGUAUGGCAAGAUUAUGGAUAUUGUGGUUAAUGUGAAUGGUCCUCCAAAACACGCGAAUCGAGCUUCCUAUGCGAAAAUGUACAGACCGGGAGUCAAGGCUGUACAGCAGCGAAUGGAUACCAUUUCUUCGCUGAUAUCUGGGGUCUACGCUGUUAUGCUGCCGAAACUGCAGAAACGCCUCUUUUCGGGUGCCAGAGAACAGAUUUUUGAAAUCCCGACUUUCGAGGAAAAUGCAGAGAUCCGUCAGUACCUGAGUGUUCCAUCAAAGUCCGCACCAUAUUGGAGCUUGGUGGAUACACCUCCAGAUGGGUUGGUUGAGGCUACAGGUCUCCAUCUUGGUGAUAUACAGAAACUGGAGGUGGUGAGCGAGGAAAGAGGAAUCGAAGUUCUGGCCAACGAUCUGCGCGGAUUUGGUCAUCUGGACGACGUAUUGGAGGGUUUCCGUGGGUUUACAAAAGGGUCUGGUAUAAGCUGA